CGAGGACGGUUCUCUCUCUCUCUCUCUCUCUCUCUCUCUCUCUCUCUCUCUCUCUCUCUCUCUCUGUUCUCGUCAACCCCCAUCAAUUUUCGCCUUGUCGAAGAAGCAUGACCAGCUCCUCCGCCGCUUCUCGCAAGGCUUUGAGCAAGAUCGCUUGCAACCGGCUCCAGAAGGAACUCGUUGAAUGGCAGGCUAAUCCUCCCUCAGGGUUCAAACACAAAGUCACCGAUAAUCUCCAAAGGUGGGUUAUCGAAGUUAAUGGAGCCGCGGGAACUCUUUAUGCUAACGAAACUUACCAGCUCCAAGUUGAUUUUCCCGAGCAUUACCCUAUGGAAGCACCGCAGGUUAUUUUUCUCCAUCCUGCUCCUCUGCAUCCACACAUUUAUAGCAACGGACAUAUAUGUCUAGAUAUUCUGUAUGAUUCUUGGUCUCCAGCGAUGACUGUAAGUUCAAUCUGUAUUAGCAUUCUCUCGAUGCUAUCAAGCUCAACCAUGAAGCAACGCCCAGCAGAUAAUGAUCGCUACGUGAAAAACUGUAGGAAUGGUAGAUCUCCCAAGGAGACGAGAUGGUGGUUCCAUGAUGAUAAAGUGUGAUGAUUAAAUAAUUUGACAACUACAACAUCUUCCUGUUGGGUGAUCGUCGGAUAAAGAAAACUAAUAGGUAUCAUUUUCAUCUGAAAGAAGAAAAAAAAAAUAGAAUUAAAAAAAAAACAAUUGUGAAAAGAAAAGGCACUUGCAACGGCCUCAUGAGAAGUACGCGGGUUAGGAGCAAAGAGCUGCUGUAAAGUUGCAAUUUCUGGUAAUUUGUAAAGGAAGAGGAGGGGGGUUAAUCUGUCGUGAAGGGAACAAUAAACAAACAAGUUUAUGGUGUUCUGGGUAUCUUUCGUCUCUUCCAUAUUUGUGUUGAGUAUUGUAGCUCCUCCUUGUAUGUUCAUGAUGUCACCCUGCCAUCUGUUUUCUUAUUGACUUAUUUAGAAUCUGAA